ACCAUGUGCUUAGAGACACCCAAACUCCGCAAGCAUAACGUCCAAUCAUGUUAUGCACAAAUCCAAAAAACUCAAACGCUCUAGAAAAAAUGAUCAAACUUUACCACACUCAUGAACUUCCCCCAAAUCAAUGUUCUUCAAUUCUAGUCCAAACAAUCGAUGCACCUCUUCCCUUAGUAUGGUCUUUGGUUCGAAAAUUCGAGAAGCCGCAAUGCUACAAGAAUUUCAUCAGCAGCUGCACUCUUCUUUCUGGUGAUGGUGGUGUUGGUAGUAUAAGGGAACUAUUAAUGGUUUCUGGAUUUCCUGGUAAAAAAAGCAUAGAAAGGUUCGAUUUUCUUGAUGAUGAUAUGCAUGUGAGUGUGUUUAGUGUUGUUGAUGCGGAUCAUAGUUUCUUGAACUUCAAAUCUACUAUCACUUUGCAUGAGGAUAAAGAAGAAGAUGAUCAUGGGCUAAAGAAAUAUACAAGUAAGACAGUGGCUAUUGAGUCUUAUGUAGUGGAUAUUCCUGAAAAUAGUUGUAAAGAGGAUACGUGUGAGGUGACUGAUAAUAUCUUGAGAUGGAACCAUAGGUCAUUGGCUUGGGUUGCUGAAAAUAUGGCUACUUCUGGAGUUUCUUCCUUGGAGUUGAACAAAACUUUUGCAUAAUUCACUAUGUUCCUCACCGGGGAGACAAUUUUUUAUGACCUUUUACUUCAAAGAAUUCGAGUAACGAUGUAUAAUCGCAACAUGCAUGCAUGUCGAUUGAAAGGUCGUCAGGAAAUUAAAUCGUGGCAAACUGAUAAGCUAUACACGAAUGAAAAUGUUGCAGCAACAUGGCACGUUUCAGCAUCAUGAGCGUCGCAAACUGAUAUCGUGUGUCACAAAACUAUAUGAUGAUAAAUAUAGGAGGCAUUUUUAUUUUUUGCUCCUUUUUUCCUUUUUUUUUUCUUUUUUAUGAAUAGAAUAUAGAAACUUUAUUUUGAUUUUAUGUUCUACUAAUUCGAUCCGAAUAUACAUUUCUUGACAUAUUGUGAUAUUGUUCGUCCUGAUUUAUAUCAAUUUUUAGUCUCACCUUGUUCAUAUUGAUGUAGAAC